ACGGACCAACGAUCACGUGGUUCCUGUCAUGUAAUGACGUGUCCACCGGAAGUCUGUCCAGGGUUUGACUACGUGGAAGAUCUUUUAUUUCCCCGCUAAGAGAGCCUGUGUGCUCGUCACUUUGACGAAAUGAUCAAGAAAUUUGACAAGAAGGACGAGGAGUCCGGAAGUGGCUCUAACCCUUUCCAGCAUUUGGAGAAGAGUGCCGUUUUGCAGGAGGCACGCAUCUUCAAUGAGACCCCCAUCAAUCCACGGCGAUGUCUCCACAUUCUCACCAAGAUCAUUUACCUGCUCAACCAGGGUGAACAUUUUGGGACCACAGAAGCCACAGAGGCAUUCUUUGCCAUGACCAGGCUCUUUCAGUCCAAUGAUCAAACUCUAAGGAGGAUGUGCUACCUGACCAUCAAGGAGAUGGCCAACAUCUCUGAGGAUGUCAUCAUUGUCACCAGCAGUUUGACCAAGGACAUGACAGGCAAGGAGGACGUGUACAGAGGACCUGCCAUCAGAGCCCUCUGCAGGAUCACUGAUACCACCAUGCUUCAGGCCAUAGAGAGAUACAUGAAACAAGCCAUAGUUGACAAGGUACCCAGUGUGUCCAGUUCAGCCCUGGUGUCCUCACUGCACAUGGUGAAGAUGAGCUACGACGUGGUGAAGCGUUGGGUCAAUGAAGCUCAAGAAGCAGCCUCUAGUGAUAACAUCAUGGUGCAGUACCAUGCUCUCGGCCUGCUCUAUCACCUGAGGAAGAACGAUCGUCUCGCCGUCACUAAGAUGCUCAAUAAGUUCACCAAGUCGGGCCUCAAGUCGCCGUUUGCCUACUGCAUGCUCAUCAGGAUCGCCAGUAAACUUUUAGAUGAGACGGAAGGAGGCCACGACAGCCCCUUGUUUGACUUCAUCGAGAGCUGCCUGAGGAACAAGAACGAGAUGGUGGUGUACGAGGCUGCUUCCGCCAUUGUGCACAUGCCAAACUGCACCGCCAGGGAGUUGGCCCCCGCCGUUUCAGUGCUGCAGCUCUUCUGCAGUUCCCCCAAAGCUGCACUGAGAUACGCUGCGGUCAGAACCCUUAACAAGGUCGCGAUGAAGCAUCCCUCCGCCGUGACAGCCUGCAACCUUGACCUGGAGAACUUGAUUACGGACUCCAACAGAAGCAUCGCCACGCUGGCCAUCACCACGCUGCUGAAGACUGGCAGCGAGAGCAGCGUGGACAGACUAAUGAAGCAGAUCUCUUCCUUUGUGUCUGAGAUCUCCGAUGAGUUUAAGGUGGUUGUGGUGCAAGCCAUCAGUGCUCUAUGUCAAAAGUACCCCAGAAAGCACGGUGUUAUGAUGAACUUCCUGUCCAACAUGCUGCGAGACGAUGGCGGCUUCGAGUACAAACGUGCCAUCGUGGACUGUAUCAUCAGCAUCAUCGAGGAGAACCCAGAGAGCAAGGAGACCGGCCUGGCCCACCUGUGUGAGUUCAUCGAGGACUGCGAGCACACGGUGCUGGCCACCAAGAUCCUGCACCUGCUGGGCAAAGAGGGACCACGCACCCCCCAGCCCUCCAAGUACAUCCGCUUCAUUUUCAACAGAGUGGUGCUGGAGAGUGAGGCUGUUCGCGCAGCUGCGGUCAGCGCUUUGGCUAAAUUUGGAGCACAGAAUGACGAUUUACUGCCAAGUGUCCUGGUUCUGAUGCAGAGAUGCAUGAUGGACAGCGACGAUGAGGUCCGUGACAGGGCAACCUUUUACAUGAACGUGCUGCAGCAAAAGCAAAAGGCGCUUAACGCUGCCUACAUCUUUAACGGUUUGUCCGUGUCCGUCCCCGGCCUGGAGAAGUCGCUGCACCAGUACACCUUGGAGCCCUCAGAGAAGCCGUUUGACAUGAAGUCUGUCCCUCUCGCCACCACUCCCAUCACCGAGCAGAAAACCGAAAUCACUCCUAUUGCAAGCAGCAAGCUGCCGGAAAAGUUGGCCCCCUCACGCCAGGACAUCUAUCAAGAACAACUGGCAUCCAUCACAGAGUUCCAGGGUCUAGGUCCGCUCUUCAAGUCAUCCGAGCCAGUGCAGUUAACCGAGGCCGAGACGGAAUAUGUGGUGCGGUGCAUCAAGCACACCUUCGCCAAGCACAUGGUCUUCCAGUUUGACUGCACCAACACGCUCAAUGAUCAGCUGCUACAGAAGGUGAUGGUGCAGAUGGAGCCGUCAGAGUCCUAUGAGGUGUUGCACUACAUUCCCGCCGCCACGCUCCCUUACAGCCAACCUGGUUCGUGUUACACGCUGAUGGGCUUGCCUGAAGACGACCUCACCGCCGUCUCGUGUACGUUCAGCUGCACAUUGAAGUACCUCGUCCGAGACUGCGACCCAAACACAGGCGAGCCCGACGACGACGGCUAUGACGACGAGUACGUGCUGGAAGACCUGGAAGUGACGGUGGCGGACCACAUCCAGAGGGUUCUCAAGCCCAACUUUGGUGCAGCCUGGGAAGAAGUGGGAGACGACUUUGAGAAGGAGGAGACCUUUGCGCUGGCGUCCGUACGCACUUUAGACGAGGCUGUCGGUAACAUCGUCAGCUUCCUGGGAAUGCAGCCGUGUGAACGCUCGGAUAAAGUCCCGGAAAACAAGAACUCGCACGUCCUCUUCCUCGCUGGUGUUUUCCGAGGAGGUCAUGACACUCUGGUGCGUGCUCGUCUUGCACUUGCCGACGGCGUCACAAUGCAGGUGACGGUCCGCAGCGACGAGGAAACAGUUGUCGACGUUAUCCUUGCAUCGGUGGGCUGAAUCUUUUUUUGUGUAACGUAUGCUACUCAACCAUGUACGCUUUAACAAAUGCUCCAAAAUGUGCAAAAUAAAUUCUUAUUACAACAAA